CACAGUGGGCACCCGGCUGCCCACACUAAAGGGUGGACAACUCCGCGGAAGUGGGAGCGGUCUCUGGUCAUCCCCUGUACUGUCUGCAGUCUCUUGGUCAUCUCCUGUACUGUCUGCAGUCUCUUGGUCAUCCCCUGUACUGUCCGCAGUCUCUUGGUCAUCCCCUGUACUGUCCGCAGUCUCUUGGUCAUCCCCUGUACUGUCCGCAGUCUCUUGGUCAUCCCCUGUACUGUCCGCAGUCUCUUGGUCAUCCCCUGUACUGUCCGCAGUCUCUUGGUCAUCCCCUGUACUGUCCGCAGUCUCUUGGUCAUCCCCUGUACUGUCCGCAGUCUCUUGGUCAUCCCCUGCACUGUCCGCAGUCUGAUGGUCAUUCCCUGUACUGUCCGCAGUCUCUGGUCAUCUCCUGUACUGUCCGCAGUCUAUUGGUCAUUCCCUGCACUGUCCGCAGUCUCUUGGUCAUCUCCUGUACUGUCCGCAGUCUCUCGGUCAUCUCCUGUACUGUCCGCAGUCUCUCGGUCAUCUCCUGUACUGUCCGCAGUCUCUUGGUCAUCCCCUGUACUGUCCGCAGUAUUUGGUCAUCUCCUG